CAGCACUUUAAGACUUGUCAAAGGUUGAAAUUGCUCUUUCACUAUUCUCCAUCUGAACGCACAGUUUUUUUUUGUUUUUUUUUGAGAAACUGACAUAGCACAUUGCGCAACUUUUAGACAUUUUCAAACAUACGAAAAAUGACUUUCGACAUAAGCACCAAAUAUUAUAAUGCAAAAGUCGACUUCUGGCUAGAUGAAAUAGAUCCGAAAGUCGAAAAGGAGACGAUAAAAGCCCCGCUUUGAGAGACACACAAAUGCUGGCUGGUUUUUUUAAUGAUCUCUCUUAUGCUUGUCCGCUUUCAGGUCGAUACCUUUGAUACUGUAAAGGAAUGGGUACCAUUUAUUGAACAAGCUCGACCAGAGAUUCGCGUAUGCAUCGGCACCACGUCGGAAAUACCAUUGAGUGGUAAACAGUAUGCUGAGAUCAUCGAUUGGUGCACCGCCCAUCAAUUUGAUUUUGUUGAUAUGGAUGAGAAAUCAGAUAUACCAAUGGAUAAAGUAGGCGUAGACUUAGUCGUGGAUAUUCUUCAAACCAAUUUUUGGGAAGGUCGGAAAGACCGUGAUGGCGAGAGUGCUGAAGGAGUAGAUGGUAUAGAUAUAAGCGGUUUAGCGGGUGUUCUCGGAAGUCUAAGUAUGGCGAGCGAGCAGACGGACACUACUUCAGAUGAUGCGUUGGGAGAACUCAAUGAAGACAACAAUGAUUUUGAAAUGCCAUCAUCAAAAGACAUUGAUGAUAUGAGAAAGAAAUUAUGGACAAGUAUGGAGGAGGAAGAUGGAUUGGAGAAAACAUUUAAGCUCAUGCAGGCAAUGCGAGAACAAGGAAAACAGAUGACUGAUGAUGAGAGACGUAAAAUGGCUGCUACGGUUGCGUUGGCGUUCAGCUCACAAUUGUCUAUGGAAUAAACUUCCAGUCUUCGGUUACUGCAAUUCAAUUUGAACAGCAUUUUCGUACACUUUUCUUGUAAAUAUCUUCUUCACACAUAAAGCGCCUACCCUGGAGGGGGCACUUGUCCUUAAACGAUAAAAUAAAUACUUACAUACAACAUCAAAACAGUGAAUAAUUGAUUACCAACAAUA